GUGCAGCAGCGCGGGCGGAUUCCUCCAUGGGCUCGGUCUUCAAGGCUCACGAACAACAGGACAGUAUGGCCACCACUGUUGCUGUCAGUCCCAGCGAAUACCUUCAGCCUUCCACCGCUUCCACACAAGACACCCAGCCCUCUCCUCUGGCCCUCUUGGCUGCCACCUGUAGUAAAAUCGGCCCUCCUGCUGCUCAGGCUCCUGUCACCUCUCCUCCAUCUCAGCCGCAGCCUCGCAGGCUUCUCCCCAUAAAGCCGGCCCCCAUCGCCCCCGCUCCGCCCAAAAACCUGAGUUUCCUUUCAGCCAAAGGCAAUGUGAUCCAGCUACCCGCCGGCCUGGGCUCCACAGCCCCCGGCAGUCCCAUUGUGCUCACUAUCCAGCAGAGCCCUGCCCGCACCAACACCUCGGCCCCCACCAACAUCCAGUACCAGAUGGUACCGCAGAUCCAGGGCACCCAGACUAUACAGGUGAUGCCACAGGGAGGUCAGAUCCAGCUCAUACCAGGCACCAACCAGGCCAUCAUCACCACGCCCAUGACCGUACCGGCCCCUGCGGCUGCCACCACUCCAGUCACACCGCAGAAGACUGUAGCCAUCAAGCCCUCCCCAAAGUCACGCAAGCCAAACAACUCUGCUGCAAACAUGGUGCAGCUGCCCAGCGGGCUCACACUGCCGCUCAAUGUGGCGACCGGAGAGGUGGGCGGGACCCAAAUCAUCACAGAGACUGCAGCUGCCACUCCCGCUUCAGCAAAGGGACGACGAGGGAGGAAGAAGAAAGUGGUUCUGGCUGCUUAUCCUCCGCAUCUUCCUCCUGCGCAGGCGGCCUCCCCACCCCCAGAGCAGAUGGAGACCAUCCUGAUAGAAGCUGGCGACAACAUCAUUCAGGCAGGUAACAACCUACUGAUCGUGCAGAGUCCCGGGCAGCCAGCUAUGGUGCAGCAGGUCCAGCUGGUCCAGUCCAAACCGGAGUCUCAGCUUGUUCAGAUCCCCCAGCAGGCCUUGAAGGUGGUGCAGGCCGCCUCUGCCACGUUGCCGACCGUCCCACAGAGACAGUCAGUCUCCUCGAACCUGCAGGUCACUCAAACAGACCCAACACCAACACAGAUCCUCUUCAAAACGGCAUCGGGUGAGUGGCAGUCUGUUCAGCUCCAAGACUCGGUCUCCACGACAACAACUCCCACCACUUCGGUCGCUACCCCCACCAACUCGCCACCGACUGGCACCAAGAGGACGCUAGGGGGGAGGAAGGAACGGACUCUAGCAAAAAUUGCUCCAGCGGGGGGAAUGAUGGCGUUGAAUACAUCACAGCUCUCCACAGCAUCUCAGGCAGUGCAGACGAUCAGCAUCAACGGGGUCCAAGUUCAAGGAGUUCCUGUCACCAUCACCAACGCAGGGGGCCAGCAGCAUCUAACGGUGCAGACGAUGCAGGGCGGAGGGCUCCAGCUGGCAACAACGCAGGGCCAACAGGCCAUCCAGGUAGACCAGACUCUCACCCUGGAGCUGCCCGGCCAGCCAGGAGAAAAGAAGCGACGCAUGGCUUGCACCUGCCCCAAUUGUAAAGACGCAGACAAGAGGCCCGGGGAGGUGGGGAAGAGGAAGCACAUCUGCCACGUCCCCGGCUGUGAGAAGACAUUCAGGAAAACGUCGCUGCUCAGAGCUCACGUCCGGCUGCACACCGGUGAAAGGCCCUUCGUCUGCAACUGGGUUUUCUGUGGGAAACGUUUCACACGCAGCGACGAGCUGCAGCGGCACGCCAGGACGCACACAGGAGACAAGCGCUUCGAGUGCAGCCAGUGUCAGAAACGCUUCAUGAGGAGUGACCACCUGACGAAGCAUUACAAGACUCACAUAAACACCAAGAACCUGUGAGCUGCCUGUGUAUACGCAGACAAACUCUCUUAAACUAAAGACUGUAUUAGAGGACGGAGGGGCAGAGGAGACGAUACCAAGGGAGUGUCUGUGACUUAUCCCGUAAUGGUAAAUACUCCAAAAAAAAAGUCCCUUUAUGCCCUCUCACUCCUCUAGGACACUGUAGCGUGGUGUACAAAGAAAUUCUUCAAACUGAUCCAGCAAAUCUAUUAAUAAUAGUUUAUCUUUGUUUAUUUUCUCUGGUCUGAGCGGAGACCAGAACCAUCUCUUGAGACAGUGUUGAGAUGGCGAGGCUUCUGUCACAGAUGCUUAACUCUGCUUGCUUAUUUAUGAACUUCUCUGGUGGAAGAACGUACACAGAAUUAUUCAGACGCCGAAAUCAAGACCCCAGGACUCCGGUCACAGUUUCCCUCUCUUGAGUUCUCUGCUUGGUUUUCAAUUUGUUUGUUGUGGAACAUUGGAAACUCACAGAAAUUGGCUAUGAAGCACCAAAAAAGGAAAAAAUUCAACACCAUGUUUUGUAAAUUUAACAGACAUUUGUUUUACCUCAGUGGAAUGGUGAUUUUGUUUUAAGCUAUUUGGGUUUCAGCAGGAGUCUCUUCUGAUAUGAAACCUGUAUACCCCAGAAAGUUGGGGGAAACUCUUCUUACAAGACUUUUGAAAUCCUUUAGAAGGAAUUGGCAAUUUUUAAAGUGUGUAUAUGGAUACUAGUAUACAUAAAAUUAAUAAUGAUGAUAAACUAUUUAUAACAUUUUUCCAUACAAUUAUUACAAAUUGAUUUACAAAGAAGGUAUUUAGAAAAGCUUGACAUAAAAAAGGAAACUGAAUGAGACAAAGUUAAAAACAAGAGGCGUAACACUUUACAGCAGAAAUACCAAGAGGCUGUAAAAUGAACAUUAUAGUUCAAGUUUGCUUUAACGGUACUGAUCGGGCUGGCCAGCAGAGCGAUCCAAGACCUGGCAUCUCUGACGGCAGUUUGAGAUGCAGUCACUUAGCUGCCAAGACUUCGGAACAAAAGAGCAGCACUUCAGGCUGAGCUCAGGCAUGGAAGGGGUUUAAUAUGCAGCUCAGGGCCUGAAGUCACUGUGCCUUUAAAGUUUUCAUUAAAAUCCAUUUCCAAACAAACAAAACAUAAGACGUGAGAAGAGCUGCUGAAAUUUGAGUAGUACAGUGAUGUCUUGGUGAAGAUCCUGACUCUUGCUGGAAAUAUAGUGGUCUAAAUGGAACAAGAAGAUAGGAUGGUCAAUUUCAACAUCAGCAAAGGCUACAAAAGUCAUGUUCUUGCUUAAACUGGGAGAGGCAAGACUAAACAUCUUUGAUAAUUAAAACAAAUUGAAUGUCAUACUUAGUAAAGCUUAGUAGGGUUUCAAAUAUUGUCUCAUGUAUGGUUGAUUUGAGGGCAGGGGAGACAGCUUUUUUAAUUAAUUUGGACAUUCUGAAAGGACAUCAAUGAGGUUUUAAAAGGACUAGAGUUUCCCAUUUUUAGCGGUACAUCAAAUGCUUAUACUGUCAAAACAACUGUUAUGGUUAAGCACAAUGUCACAGUUGGAGAAUAAUACAGGACCCAGGAUUGAUCCCUGUGGAACACCAGGACAGAGAGCAUUUAGAUUUGACCUGCCCUACCAAAUUUUCUGAGCGAUCAAACAGUAUGUUGUGUUCAUAUCAGCCUAUGAUAUGAAAAUAUGAUCCCAUUCAACAUCUCAGAUGAUUGGAGGAUUCUUCAGAAAUGCUUAUUACAGGUGGUUUAAGAAACUUAUGGGAGUUUAUAGACAGUUUUAAUUAUUUUUUUUCUGUUGAGGUUUGACAGCUUAGUCUCUUUUAUCAAUGAGUCAUGUACCGAUAACCUGUUCAAGCAUGUUAGUCUGGAUGACGUCCAAACAAUAAUGAAGAUUUCCCAUAUGAGUCUAUGUAUGCUACCUAUAAUGCUCUACCAUUAAGAGAGGUACUGCAAAAACUUUCUGGAGAACAUCUGGUGUUGUGAAGGGUGGAGAUGAUAACAGUCCAAGAGGUUUUUAAAGUUUGAGAAGUAAGGUCAAAUAGGUCUUUUGAAUCUCCAGGUGUUAAGGAUGUAAUUCAGUGAAAUAUUAGUGAUGCGAGGAGUCGAUCACCCAGGUGAUAAACCUGGUCACUCCAGGUCGCAUGGUUGGUUGUCCAUCUUGGAUACCACAACAGGUACGCUUAUGUCUAGGGCUGGGUAUCGAACUUCUUUUUGGUGCUGACCAGUACUGAAAUGUGUCCUUAGCACUGAGUAUCGAAGUAUUGAGAGUUGGUGUCGAAUGUUUGGCCAGAUUCACAAUGUUUACUUGUUCUUUUAUCACAUAGUCCCUGAUUUUUUUAGAUCUUUUUUUUAAUUCUGUUUUAGACAUUUUUUUAUUUAGGUCAAGUUGUUGAAUGGCUGUGUGUGUUUAGAUAAAAUUUAACAUAAACUUAACAACUUCUUUUGUUAACCUAAAGGGUUUGAUUGUCGUUAUGAUGUAUAUUUGAGAAAAUAUAAAUAAAUUAAGUGUAAAGUAAGGUAUCAAGAAAGUACGAUUUUGGUACCUGUACCAAACGAUGCCCAGCCCUACUUACACUAUGUGUACUGAUAAAUAAGAGCAACUAAAUUCCAGGGUAACUCUGCUGUUCUGCUUUACUUAAUGUAUAAUUUUGAUUUGAUGAUUUAGAGCCUAUGCAUUGCUGUAUAUAUGAUCAGAUUUGCAAUUAUUUGGCCUGACUUGACAAUCACGUCUCAAGAUGGGGAAAAAAAAAAAAACUUUUUCUCAGGCCUUCGAUCAAUUUCUUUGUACAUGUUCCAGCUAUGUGAUAGCUUUAAUUCUGAAUUAACACUUGAGAAGUUUUUGUAGAUAUACAGAUGACCAGCAUUAGGCCUACUGUACAGUAUUAACUCAAGUUACUUUAAUAUCUUUUGCUUUACAAAACAACAUACAGUAAAAAUAUUGACCUUUCAGUAACACGUCAUGAGUGAGUUUGAACUCUGAGCUUGUAUGAGAGUUCCUUUCAUUUAAGAAAUACGCAGACUUUUUUGUCAAAUAAGCUUUUUGGUCAAAUUAGCGUGGUGCCAUCAGACAGCAGGUAGUGUUAAAUUGUCUCUGUGGCGUGUUUUAAUACUGUGACAUACAUGUUUAAUGGAUGGUGCUGCCUUGCUAAACAUUAUCCAACAACGUCUCUGUACACAACAGAGAAAUUUGACCAAAAAGCUGAAGUCAGAUUUAUUUUUAAGGCACUUUGAACCAGUUUCCCUCAAAGUGCUUCACAGGAGUGACAGAUAACGUAAAGCUUAGGUGGCCAAUAUUUGGUGUAUUUUUUCAAGAAUGUGUUGAAAGACAUGCAAUGCCAUUGGGAUGGGUAGACAGAGCCUGCUCAUAUUUAUGUUUUUAUUUCUAAAUAUGUAAGUACAGUGUGUGUCUGGUAGACACGCAGAUGUAGGAUAUUAGAAAACAAAAGUUACGCUGCCUAGUGUUGUGGUUGGCGUUGCCAGCCCUGAAGGAAAUGGACUUUGUACAGUGUGUAAGGAAUAAAAUAUAAUGUGACAUUGUAUAGCUUCAUUCCUGCUUUGUAUAAAACUUCUAGAUCUUUUUUCUAUUGAAUUAAAGAUGCCUUAGACAGCUGCACCCAGUAUUUAAAGAGGUUUUUGUUCUCUGUCUAAUUCCAGGUAACUACAUUUGUAAAAUUCCUUUUGUGUUUUGUUAACUUAUAUUACAUGCUAAUGUAAUGUGCACUGAUUUAAAGUCCCAGGUUCCAAAAUGUGUAAAUUUAAUCUAGAUUGUGAUUAAAUAUAAUGCGAUUUUCUAAAUUAAGAUAUUUCUGUUGCUUGGUUUCUGUGAAUUAAAUGCUUCUCCUUCUCCAAGUCUACAUGUCAUAUAAUGUUCUGCAGCCAAUUCUUGUGUUUAUCAGGAGAACCAAGAGAACCAGCAAUUAAUUUUAUAACUUGUAUAAAGGUGCUGAAACAUAAAGUUUGCUCCUUUUCUACAUUCACCCCCCCUCAAUAAAGAACUCAAACUGC